AUGGAGACAAUAAAGUCCCAGAAGAUCCACGGCUGUCAGAUCCUGGAGACGGUGUACAAGCACAGCUGUGGAGGUCUGCCCCCUGUUCGCAUGGCCCUGGAGAAGAUCCUGGCGGUGUGCCACGGGGUGAUGUACAAGCAGCUGGCGGCGUGGAUGCUGCACGGUCUGCUGCUGGACCAGAGUGAGGAGUUCUAUGUGAAGCAGGGGCCCAGUGCUGGAGGGGCCGCCGCCAACCAGGAGGAGGACGAGGAGGACCUGGGGAUUGGAGGCCUCAGCGGUAAACAGCUGAAAGAACUACAGGACCUGAGGCUGAUAGAGGAAGAGAACAUGCUGGCUCCGUCCCUGCAGCAGUUCUCUCUGCGGGCUGAGAUGCUGCCCUCCUACGUCCCCAUCCGCGUGGCUGAGAAGAUCCUCUUCGUGGGGGAGUCCGUCCAGAUGUUUGAGAACCACAACCACAGCCCGUCCAGAGCUGGCUCUAUACUGAAGCACCAGGAGGACCUGUUUGCAACAGAGCUGCACCGUCUCAAACAGCAGCCCCUCUUCAGCCUAGUGGACUUUGAGAACCUCAUAGACGGCAUCCGCAGCACCGUGGCAGAGCACCUGUGGACAUUAAUGGUGGAGGAAUCUGAUCUCCUGGGGCAACUGAAGAUCAUAAAGGACUUUUACCUGUUGGGCCGUGGCGAGCUGUACCAGGUGUUCAUUGACCACGCUCAGCACAUGCUCAAGACCCCGCCCACGGCUGUCACUGAACACGACGUAAAUGUGGCCUUUCAGCAGGCUGCCCACAAGGUGUUGUUGGACGAUGACAACCUCCUGCCUCUCCUGCACCUCACCAUCGACUACCAGGGGAAGGAGAGCAAAGAUGCCACAGGGACCAGGGAAGGGGCCACUCCCCCACAGGAGUCCUCCCCCAGGGAGGUGCCCCCUACGGGCUGGGCUGCUCUGGGCUUGGCCUACAAGGUCCAGUGGCCCCUGCACAUCCUCUUCACCCCUGCCGUUCUGGAGAAGUAUAAUGUGAUAUUUCGUUACCUGCUGAGUGUGCGUCGGGUGCAGUCUGAGCUGCAGCACUGCUGGGCUCUACAGAUGCAGAGGAAACACCUCAAAUCCAACCAGACAGACGCUGUCAAGUGGAGGCUACGUAACCACAUGGCUUUCCUGGUGGACAACCUGCAGUACUACCUACAGGUGGACGUACUGGAGUCUCAGUUCUCUCAGCUGCUGCAGCAGAUCAACUCCACCAGAGACUUUGAGAGCAUCCGGCUGGCCCACGACCACUUCCUUAGCAACCUGCUAGCACAGUCCUUCAUCCUGCUCAAGCCGGUGUUCCAUUGUCUGAAUGAGAUCCUGGAGCUGUGUCAUAACUUCUGCUCAUUGGUCAGCCAGAACGUGGCUCCGCUGGAUGAGAGAGGAACAGCCCAACUGGACAUCUUGGUCAAGGGUUUCAGUCGUCAGUCCUUCCUGCUCUUCAAGAUCCUGUCAGGUGUCAGAAACCACCAGAUCAACUCUGACCUGGCUCAGCUGCUGCUCAGGCUGGACUACAACAAGUACUACACCCAGUCAGGAGGCACCCUGGGCAGUUUCUGAUUGGGAGAGAAAGUGGAGGAUGAUUUCCAGAUGAGGUCUUGAGUAACAAGCGUUCCAGACCAUUUAUCUUCAAGUCGGAUGGAAGGAUAUGAAAAUCAGUAUGUUGUUGCAUAACCCCAUUGUGUCCUGAAACCUCUUCUUUUCAAUGAUUAUUCUGUAUGGUUCCUCUAGCCUGGUCCCAGAUCGGUUUGCUCUGUAUGAGUUGGCUUUACAGCACAAACCGAUUUGAGAACAGGCUGUUUCAAUCAGAUACAAGCUCUGUUACUUACCCUAUUGUAUAAAUUGUAAAUACUGUAUCAUUAAUGUGUGUGCCUUUUCAUGAAGAAACAGACAAAUAAACCAUUAAAAUGAAA